AUGAGUGCCAUUCUUUCUGCCGACGACCUCAACGACUUCAUCUCUCCCGGUGUCGCCUGCAUUAAACCCGUCGAAACUCUUCCCUCCGCCCCGCCCCCGCAAUCGCAGUCACUCGAGACCGAAGUUAUACUUGACGGCCAACAACCCAGCGCAAACCCAAACGCACCCGCUCAGAUUUCCCUUACAGAUUGUCUAGCCUGUUCUGGCUGCGUCACAUCCGCCGAGGCUGUUCUAGUAAGCCUGCAGAGUCAUGCUGAAGUCCUCACAACCCUCGAUUCGGCCCCAGCACUGAAGCUGGUGACCGACGACAGCGGCAAAUUCAGAGUGGAAGGGUUAGAGGACGAGAACGCGAAGCUCUUUGUUGCCAGUGUGAGCCCUCAAACAAGAGCAAACCUAGCGGCAGCAUGCGGCGGGGGUGUUUCGGAGGCUCAAGUUGGCCACAUGCUUGACAACCUCUUUCGUGGACCUGAAGGUGUUGCGAGUGGCGGCAAAUACAACAAUGAGUUCACAUGGGUGGUCGAUACCAACACCGCGAGAGAAGCAACUCUCGUCCUCGGCGCAGACGAAGUUCUCAACUCCUCACAAUCCACGCCCGCGACUCCAGCCAAGCCGAUCCUAGCAUCAUCCUGCCCUGGCUGGGUGUGUUAUGCUGAGAAGACCCAUCCUCAUGUUCUACCCCAUAUUUCAAAGGUCAAGUCGCCACAAGCCUUGAUGGGUACAUUGCUCAAGACGACAUUGAGCCGGACAUUGGGUAUUGCGCCUGGACGCAUUUGGCACCUGGCUAUCAUGCCCUGCUUCGAUAAGAAACUCGAAGCCAGUCGAGAAGAGUUAACAGAGGAGGUAUGGGCUGAAGGAGAAACUCGAGGCCGGGGUGUUCGUGAUGUUGACUGCGUUAUCACAAGUAAAGAGAUUCUCAUGCUUGCCGAGUCAAGGGGGUUGAAUUUCUUCAAUAUCCCCAAAACGCCACUGUCAACCAAGAGCAAUCCGUUCCCCGAUCCCAAACUUCACGACUUUCUUUUCCCACGACAACUGCCGGGAAAUCCACCUCGCGAGGCCGGUACAUCAGGUGGCUUGUUAUGGCAUAUCCUCAAGAGCCGAGCGGCGCAGACCCUUGGAGCGGAGAUUGUGCAUACCCGUGGUCGUAAUGUCGAUGUGGCAGAGUACUCGGUUGUUGUAAACGGUGAACCAGUAUUCCGUGCCGCUCGUUAUUAUGGUUUCCGGAACAUUCAAAAUCUUGUUCGAAGACUAAAGCCUGCCAAGCCAUCCCGAAUGCCGGGCGGAAAGCCGUUUGGAAGUGCCCGAAGACCGGCAGGCAAAGCAGGCUCUCUUGAAUAUAGUUAUGUCGAAGUUAUGGCAUGUCCUGGAGGCUGCACAAACGGCGGUGGUCAAAUCAAAGUUGAUGACCCUGUUGUUAUGGAGCGAAAGAAUUACUCUGGAAACCCAGGUCCUCAGGAGCAAAAGAGUUGGCUUGCGGAAGUUGACGAGGCGUACUUCUCCGGAGACGAAGCACGCGCCGCCAAAGCCGGUGUUGAUGAGUCUGCGGGAGCUGUUGAUGGCAUUUCUCAUUCGUAUAUACAUGAUACCCUGGCGCAUUGGGCGGCGGUCACAGAUAUUGGACUAGAUAGACUUGCAUUUACAACAUAUCGCGAGGUUAUUAGCGACGUUGGAAAGGACGCAACCACAGACGAAACAGUGGUUCAGUUGGCUGGAAAGAUCGGAGGUGGAUGGUAG